UCCCUGAGUUACCUUUUGAUGGCGGUAGGAGUUGUAAGGUCACCGUUUUCAAUGACACGUAAUUGUCAUUAUUUUUUUCUGUGUAGAGCCGACGCAAAAGUCCACCCGCAUCGGAAAUUGCCCGAGGGGAGAAGGCCCAAGAAGGACCACCCGGAGAAAGGUAGCGCUCACGCGUCAGCCACACAGGGCUUAAGAAAAUUCCCCAAGGGGAAAGUGCCGAAAAGCACCAAAAGGCACCAUAGGCCGAAAAUCACCAUCCGCCAGCAAAGGCACUCGGCACAGCAAUAUCGGAAAGGGGUCGGAAGACCCCUUUUUUCGACGCCUUUUGGACACUUUUUUGACACCUUUUGACACCACAUUUUUUGGACACUUUUGUUGACACCUUUUGGCACCCUCUGGUGACACAUCGGCUCCGGGUUCAGCACUUGGUGCGCUAUCCUCUUCGCCAGUCGGGGGAGCGUUUUUUGGCCAGAAAGCCACUGCCGGAAAACCUCAAGUUUUUGCCGCCUAUGCAGUUGUGCUCGCGGUGCUCAUUGCACCCAAGGCGUCGAGAAGCGCCAAGGUUCCCCAAGGGAAGGUACGCGCGAGAGGAGCGAGUGGCGUCGAGGGAUCAGCGGAAGGCGUUCAUGGUUGCAACCGGGGAAAACAUCCUUGGUCAUCGGAUGACAACAAAGAAGCGGCAUUUAUUCCGGAGAACCACCGGAUCAACAGGAUCCAGCAGGAGGAACUGCGGGUUCAGCGGCCCAAGCCGGAACGCGCAGGGUCGCGUGUCAGCGAACCACGAGUUGAUCAUCGUCACGGUUACGGAUGGCAGGGCACUCGGAGAGGUGCUCCGACAAAAGGUUCCCGGAAGUCGGGUCAGCAGCAUGCAGAAAGGAAACAAUGUAAGUCGCUCGUCUUUUGAUCAUUUUUAAGGGAAAUAUAAUGGGCUUUUCUGAAUUUAGCAACACAUUAAUGUUGCCAUCAUAAUUAUGUUUGCGUUUGUUUUAUUUGUGGCACAAAGCCAUUUAUUAUCCCGUCACAAAUGGCGCCCAACUAAAUCGAACCUUGUUAAGUUUUGAUUGUUCGAUUAAUUUACUA